AUGGGAGUCGCAUUUGAUAUAUACAUCAAUGGUGCUUAUCAUGCAAGCAUACGGUAUUCUCAUUUAUUGAAGCUUCAUGAAAAGUUACGUGAUCAUUUUGGACCAAAAUUAAAAACACCUGAUUUUCCAUCUAAAAAGUUGUUUCGAACAUUGGAUCAAAAAACGCUGGAAGAACGAAGACUAGCACUAGCACGUUAUUUUCAAACGAUAGUUCAGCUUCAGUCAGUCGCUCAACACUUCAUAACUGAAAAUGCUUUUCUUAAUUUUCAAAUCGAAUCAUUUCGACCUUCAUCCAAUAAUGUCUCGGUUGAUAUUUUUAUGGCAGACGGUACCAAAGAAACUGUUCGUUGCAAUGUUGAACAUCCUACUGAAAUUAUUUUAAAGCGAUUUGCUGACAUUAUUGGUUUGGGUAUUGAAAACAUUGGAAAUUUUGGCUUAUUUGUGGCGAAACGACGAUAUGCUAAUGAUGAUGGUCAUUUCAUGUCUUCCCUUGGUUCAAUGAAAUAUCCGGAUACACUCUCUGUACGAUUAUUGCGAAAUUUCGAAUCACCUUAUUUAUCAAUUCAUUUGUUGAAUCAGAAAUCGGCAGCAACAGGAGUGUUUUAUUACAUUGUUAUUAGAAAAUUAAUUUGGGACCCGAAAGUUGAGGAAGAGAUCAUGGAUGAUCCUGGAGCUGUUUUAUUAUUGUACAAACAGGCCGCAAGUGAUUUACAUAAUGGUCAUUUUGUGCCCCGUCAAACAGAAAUCAAGAAUCGUUUGUUAGCCUUAGAAGAGCAGGGCAAUUGCACUCAGUUUCUACGCUUAUGUCAUUUGGAGCCAAACUAUAGCUAUGAAGUUUUGGAGCCCUGUUCAAGUAAUUAUCCACGACCAGGAACGGAGUGCAAUUUAAAAGUUGGCCGACGUCAUAUCCUUUUGGAAUUCAAAGAUGAGGAAGCUAAGAAUGGUAUUAUGCGCGUAGAGUUUCGCGCAACAAGAAUUCGUGUUUGGCGCAUUUCUCAACAAGACGAUGGCUUUAUAUUUUUGUUCGAAUAUCUAAUAUCGAAAGGGGCCAUUUUGCUUUCUUUAUUGCUUCAAUCGAUUGGUUUUGAAAUUCUCAGAGAACAUCGCUCCUUAAUGACUGCGCUUGGUGGCCAUGACUACGACUAUCCAACAAAAGAUGUAUUCAGAAUUUAUUCCUCACAAGAAGAUGCUUCGAUAGGGUCUCCCGUUAUUUCGAAAGCUGUUCAGUAUUCAACGCCAAUGGAGAACAAUGAAUGGGAAAAUUCGGUACAAUCGACGACGGUCGAAGAAACUGAAAUCAUUUCAAAUCGUGACCUACUAGCAAAUGCUCGAAGCGACAAUGGUAGCAUUCGUUCGGUCGAUGUAAACCAUCAUUACGGUAAUAUGACGCAUAGGCAAAAUUCAGAAUCGAUUACGGGAGAUUCUAAUGAGUCUGUGCGGGAUGCUUUUACCACAAUUUCGAAGGCAUUACCGUUAAGAAAUGAAGGAUUUGAAAUUACAGAUGAUGACUUAUAA